CAGGGAGCGGAGUCUGCCAAGGCCGCGUGGAUGGCCAAGAGAUAUGCCUCGGAAAGGGCCGGGAGACUUCCUCUGACAAUCCCCCGACGGCCAUUCCCAGCCAUCCGUUUUCGUGCAGCCGCAGAUGCAACCUGUGGAAGAGGCGGGAGGAGGCCCGUGAGUCCGCCCGGCUGCGCCUUCCCGCGGGUGGGAGCCGAGACUCAGCCGCGGACGCUGCUGCCAUCUAGUGGGAGAUGGCUGCUACUCCUCUCGGUUCCUAACCCCAGGGUCGUUCCUGGUUGGGCACUGAGGCAGGUCUGGGGGAGGUUGGGGGAGAUCCCUGUGCCCCUGGAUCUGGGGGCACGAUGCAAGGGGGAGCCUCAGGAAGGAACACCGCCCCCAGGAAGUAACACCGCCCCCAGGAAGUGUGCAUUGCCCACACUAUUUUUCCCCACUGUGCUGUGAUUCCGUCCCGUGUAUAAGGGAAGCAAGAGUACCUGCCUCUGGACUGGGCUCAGUGGCUCACUCCUGUAAUCCUAACAGUUCGGGAGGCCGAGGCGGGCGGAUCAUCUGAGUUCAGGAGUCAGAGACCAACCUGGCCAACAUGACGAAACCCCAUCUGUACUAAAAAUACAAAAAUUAGCCAGACGGUGGUGAGCGCCAGUAAUCCCACUAUUCAGGAUGCUGAGGCAGGAAAAUCGCUUGAACCCAGGAAGUGGAGGUUGCAGUGAGCCUAGAUCACGCCACUGCACUCCAGCCUGGCCGACAGAGUGAAACUCAUCUCAAAAAAAAAAAAAAAAAAAAAGGAGUACCUGGCUCCAAGGAUCAGCCCAAGGGUAAAUAAAUCAAUCUGUGCAAGGGACUUGGUCAUAAAUGGAGUCCAACCAGCAUAGUAAUAGGUGUUCAAUAAAUGCUACCCGCUGGGCAUCAUGGCCCAUGCCUGUAAUCUCAGCAUUUUGGGACGCUAAAGCUGGAGGAUCGCCUGUCAGGAGUUCAAAACCAACCUGGGCAACAUAACAAGACCUAAUCUCUUCAAAACAUGCAAAAAUUAGCCAGGCAUGGUGGUGCAUGCCCAUGGUCCCAGCUACUCACUUGAGCCCAGGAGUUCAUGGUUGCAGUACGCUGUGAUCACACCACUGUACUCCAGCCUGGGUGACAGAGUGAGACCCUGUCUCUGAAAAUAAAUAACAUAGGCCAGGCUCGGUGGCUCACUCCUGUAAUCCCACCACUUUGGGAUGCCAAUGCGGACGGAUCACCUGAGGUCAGGAGUUCGAGACCAGCCUGGCCAACAGAGUGAAACCUUGUUUCUACUAAAAAUACAAAAAUUAGCUAGGUGUGGUGGUGCGUGCCUGUAAUCCCAGCUGCUUGGGAGGCUGAGGCAGGAGAAUCGCUUGAGCCAAGGGGGCGGACACUGUAGUGAGCUGAGAUUGCGCCAUUGCACUCCAGCCUUGGUGACAAAUGGAGACCCUGUCUCCAAAAAAAAAAAAAAAAGAAAAGAAAAGAAAAGAAAGAAAAUAAAACAGAUAUUACUUGUGGCUGAUCCAAGCAAGGGGUAAUUGGAGGCGUGUGACCCUGUGCUGCCACCCCAAACUGUGCCUGCUGUCCAAAUGCAGCUUUCCUUAGUUCUGGCUUUCAGCAAGAUGUCCCUGCCACCAUCCCUCCUCUUUGUAAAUGCUGGGGCUGCCACCGUUAUGGUUUUAUCAUCAGUGACAUUCCAGAGGAUGAAGGCCUCUCCUCUCCUCUUCUGAUGAGGAUGAGGGAUGAGGGAGGGGUCCCAGUUCCUAGCACUUUCUCCCCUCACCCCAAAGUGCCAUCAGAACAGCUCUGGACUAUGACAUCACAGAGCCUCCACCUCAUGAUAGGAGUCAUGAGGCUGAGGCCACAGCUGCUGGUGUGGGCGUGGUUGGCUGCUCUGGGGGCCAUCGAAACUGCACCCAGACCCAAGCAUGCCAUGGUGUCCGCCCUAAAGACAAAGUCUCCGAGCUUCUUAGACAGACCUGACUUCUUCGAUUAUCCAGACUCGGACAAAGCCAGGCUCCUGGCUGUGGCCCAGUUUAUUGGAGAGAAACCUGUCGUGUUCAUUAACUCAGCAGGUUCCAGCCCCGGACUCUUCCAUCACAUCCUGGUGGGCUUCCUGGUGGUGGUGUUCUUCUUCCUCCUUUUCCAGUUCUGCACCCACAUAAACUUCCAGAAAGGGGCCUAAAGAGCCAGACAAGGGACCCGGACUCAACCUGAGCGUCCAAAUGCAUCUUCUCUCCUGUCGAUGAGUAAAAGUCCCCACUUUCCUCCUCCCAGCGAGCAACCAGCGGUCCUGCCCUCUCUGUGUUUCCCAUAGCCCAAGCCCCUCACCUCCUCCCUUCCCGGCCCCAAAGAACUUGGUGAUCAGGGCCUUGGUGGCGUUCACGUUCACGCAGAUCGUUUUUUAUUAGCGGUCUGUAAAGCACCUCCCAGGGUCCCCCGACCCCAGAUUGGAGGAAGCCUUGAGAGGUCAGUAGCACCAGGGACAUGCCAGGGCCCGAGGGCUCGAUGUGCAGCUUAUGGUGAGGGACGGGGUGCCCCUCGCCUGCCCCCGGGGUUGUCAGCACUGGGAAGGCUUGCGGGUAGCAGCCACCUUCCAACCCCAACCCAACAGACUAGUUCAAAUUUGGGUAAA